CAGGUAAUAUUUCAAGAUGUGAUUCUUAAUGUCUUGUUUUGCACAUAAACAAUCUGCCACUGGGGCAAGAUAUCAAGAAAAUAUUAUUUUGGUGUUAACUGUUUAUAAAGUCCCUGUGGAUGAAAGCAAUUCAGAAGUAGUUAUUCUAACAAGAUGUUGUUUAGUUUGAAGUGGCCAGGCUGUACUUGUAAAUUCCUAUGGCUUUGUAAACAGUCGCAAGUACAUUUGGGUUAAUAAUAAAAGGCAAACAAGGAGAGCUUAGAGAGUCUGGAGAGGAAAUUCCACCCUGUAUUUAUUUGCUUGAACAGGUCUUUAUUCAGAAAAGAAUCUAGCAGGCUUUAAAAAGUAGCCCUGGAUCUGCUGGGACUGACUUUGAGGAGAGAGCUGAAGUGAGCUGUCAGUUGCACAGCAACAGUUGUGAGGGUGGAGAAUAGGCCAGUUUAUGGAGUGCACUACAAGUGAAAGGGUGAGCUAAGUGUGAUUGUAAUAUACUGCACUAGAGCUGUAGUGCACAAGGGGAUCUAGAAAGUAAAUUGAGUGGGGUGAUCUGAGAUUUAACCAAAAAAAAAAAAAAAAAAAAACUGAGCAUGGUGAAUGAGGGAACAGAGGGCUUGGAUUGUAAACUAAAAUUGUAUUGCGUAAACUAAGUGAGCACAGAGGGAGUUUUUUUUUUUUUAAAGCCAGUUUAGAUAAGUAAUGGAGAUUUAGACAAGUGAACUUUAAGGGCUUAAAGAGUGAGCAGAAAUCCUGCAAAGUGUGAGUGUACAAAGUGUGGCGGGUGUGCUGUUGGGGAAAAAGGUGAUAUCAGAUAAAGCCGAUGUGAGUGGUAUUCUGAGGAUAGGGGAAUCUGUUCUGAAGUGAGCAGAGAGAACUGAAAUUGCACAGUAUAAGCUGUGUGCAUGAAUGAGAAGUGUGAGCAAGGUUAGAGUAAUUCCUAAGUUGCUGGACAUGCACAGAGUGAGCUCGGUGAGUGAGCUGGAAGUGCUGAGAGUGAGUUGAGACAACAAAGAGUAAACUAAGGACACAGAGCGAGCUUUGAGGGAAACAAGGGAGUGAGGUUGGAACUGUAAGUACCUCCAAUUCAACUCAACCAUGCGCACCUCCCUGACUGAACUGUGUGCCACCUACUGCGACCGUGGCUUCGUAACAGGAGUGCCAGUGCUAGACACCGAAGAGCUAGAGAGAGCUACAGAGGGCUUCAGUAGACUGGAGAGGGAGUUCGGGUUGGAGUAUACCCAGUACAGUCUCCAUAACGUGCACUUAAAGUACCGCUGGGUGAUGUCUCUGGCCACCCAUCCCAAGGUGCUGGAGCUAAUCAAGGGGAUCCUGGGACCCAACGUCAUCCUCCUUGAUUCACGCUUCAUAUGCAAAUACCCGACCAAACAGAAGAGCCCCUCAGCUGCCUGUGGAAAAAAACAGAACAGCAGCACUCUCUGUGGGGAAUUGCAAUAUCAGAGCGCCCCCUGUGGAGGUCAGCAUAAUCACGGGCUUCCUUUUGUUGCCUGGCACCAGGACAUCAGGUACUGGGGUUUUGAGGGGGGUUCAGUGGCUUCGGUGUGGCUGGCCCUGGACGACGUAGACCAAGAGAAUGGAGUCCUGCAGGUCAUCCCAGGAAGUCACCAUCAAGGUCUUCUCCCCCACAUCACCUCAUCCAACCCAGGGAACAUGCUGACAGCCAAUCAGGAGAUCCCAGAACACCUCCUCAACACGAGUGAGGCUGUGGAGUGCCCUCUACAGGCAGGACAAAUGUCUAUCCACGAUGGUCUGACAGUCCAUGCCAGUGAGCCCAACCUGUCCACUCGGAGGCGCUGUGGGUUCGUUAUCCGCUAUGUGCCAACCUCUGCUUAUCCUGUUCAGGACCCAGAUCGUCCUCGCACCUUUAACGCUACAGUCCUAGUCUCUGGUGUUGAUGAGUACCAUCACUUUCCAAACAGUGCCCCCAGUCUUCAGUGAGGUACAAUGCAGACCAUGGAGCCUACUGUAAUGAUCAAAACUGCAGUAGAUCUAAAUAGCUCAUACAUAAUGUACAAUAAAAACCCAAUGAAAAGAGGUCAAAUUUUUAAAAAAUCAGCUUUAUAAAUGAUAUGGCGGCAGUAUUAAAAUCUGUUUAAAUUGUUAAAAUAAACCACAUUUUUCUUUGGUUCUUUUACAGUUUGUCCUGUACAGAUUAGGCACAGGAACUAGGAAGGUAUUUUCUCGAACAGGAAUUAAAAAGAAAGUACAUGACUCUAUCUCCUGGUACUUGAUCACUUUGAGGUCUUGUGUCUCCUGUGUAUGUCUUCGUGUAGUAAGUUUUGCAUUUUGCAAGGAAGGUGAAAUAGGGUAUGUGGUCUUUUUUAUGAGUUAUAUAGUUAAGGUGUUUAAUGGGCUACUUUGGAUGUGUUAACCCUCACCAAAUGAUCUUUUAUGGCAAUGUAAUGCUUCUUUUAGUUAGUUACAGCAAUAAGACUGGGCAUGCCAUCUCUACAGCUUUAUUGAGUACAGUU